AUGAAAUACCUCGACAUUCCAACCCUAACGAGAAUCAAUAGCUUCCUGGACAAUGUGGACGUGGGUGACCUCAUGGUCAGGGGCAACCUGGAGGCCUACUCAUGUAAGCUUGCGGGGCUGGACAAGAAGCUGAGCAGGAGUCUGGAGGAAGAGGUCAUGGAGUCUUCCUCCCCCUCUGAGCUGUCCAAGUCACCUGUGGGCCCGCUCGUGGACUCCAACAGCCGCAAGACCCUGAUCUACCUCAUCCUAACGCUGAACCACAUCUACCCUGACUACGAUUUCACCCUCCUGCGGGCCCAGCACUUUUGCAAGGAGGAGAGCCUGGUGGGGAUCCAGGAGCUUGUCUCAGCCCGCCUCCUGGAGGCCGCCAAGGUCUGGGAGUCCACACCGGGGCUGGGCGAGGAGCCGCUGACGGAUGCGGUGUGGGCGGGCAUCGACGAAGUCAUCUCCCUGGCGGAGUCCGAUGUGUACAGGCAGGUCUUGGAGUGCGGAUCUGGCUACCGGAGCGACCUGGAAUCAGACCCAUUUGGCGAAAAAGGCUCGGUCUGGUCCUUCAACUACUUUUUCUACAACAAGAAGGCGAAGCGCAUUCUGUACUUCAGCUGCCGGGGGAUGAGCAAGUCGGCCAUCGAGCUGAGCCAGACCACCGACGGCGCCCGAUACAACACGGACACGGAGGGGGAGCUGGAGGCCGAUGCCGCCACCAGCAUGGCCAACGACAUGGACCUCUAG